AACGAUAAUUGUUUAAAAAUGGAGAUUGAACCAAGUUAUACAUUUGUACCUCUUACAGAAAAGAAUUUCAUCGGAAUUAAUGAUAAAAAAAUACAGGAAUUUCUAUCUAAAUGGGGUAUAAAGGGCAAUUUUGUUAUCCAACAUUUUGCAUUCAAUGAGCCUUUUCAACAAUAUCAUAAAUAUCAUUUGGCUGAAGCUUUUUUUAAAGAUAGUACUGUAGCUAAAGAGUUAUUAACAAAGCAAGGAGAUUAUUGGAUAAAACAAGGUAUAAUAGCAUCAAGUAUUGAAGUAAAGCCUAUUUCUUGUUCUGCUUUAAACAUGACAUUCUUCAAUAAAUUGAAAGAUCCUAAAAAUGGAAUUGUACAUAAAUCUGGAACUAUUUGCAAAAGAUAUGAUAUAGAAAUAGAAAAUUUUUUAGUCUCUGAUAAUCUUAGAGGGAUGUUAUUAGAUGAAGAAUGCUCAGAAUAUAAUUUAUAUGUGAAAGAUGAACGUGAGGAAUUCAUAUUUCGUAUUUUUCAAAUGCUUGUUCUUGGGGGAGUUUUGUGUCAAUAUGAAGAUAUUUUAAAUCCAUACUUAGAAGUGACAAAAGCUAUUUAUAAAGAUUUAAUAAAAGUACAAAAAAAUAACGAUGCAGAUCUGUCAAUUAGUACAGUGGUUUUGGAAGUAGUGGUCAAAAAUAGUGAAGGACAACCAUAUUUUCCAUAUGAUCCAUGCCAUAGGCAAAACAUAGGAUUUUUGUUAAUUGACAGUGUUACACAUGAAAUUAUAACAUUGUUGCAUCAGUUUGGGGGAUAUUGUCCUCCAUAA